UCAAAGUUAUUAAUUUCGCGAUAUAAAGUUGGAUCUAUUGAAACGACGUUAUUUUAAGCCUUAAAGAGAAUAAUUCAAGAUGAUUCUUCUGUUUUCUUCGUAAACACGAAUACGGUUUCACUUUCUCUAUGCGAAAAUGGUUGGGAGGCUGUAAAUUUCGCGUUCCAUUGGUUUCACUUUAUAAAACAGUGACAGUAAACGCGUUUUAAGCGUUGAAUGGAUUUGAGGUCGCGCGAGAAUGAUCGUCUGAUUAGGAUUGAAACAAAUCGGGAAGAAAGGAUUUGACACACGGAUGGCACGCCGUCGAGCCACUUUGAUGAACUUUCUUCGUUCGUUUCUUCGACUCGUGACCAACCAAGUAUAGCGAAACGCAAUUACGCAUAGAAAAAGUGGUACAGCGAUAAAUCAAACGGUUUAAUUCGAGCAGUUAGAAAAGUAUAAUGAUCGAAUACAAUUUUACCUGUCUAUCAAUUGCUGUCUUAUCUUUUAAUGAACAUUGAUUCGAUUGUAUCAUUUAAAAAAACAAAAACAAAAACCUUCAAAAAAUGAAUACUGAUCAAUGAAAUUGGCUUGCAUCUUAUUUUAAAGGCCAAUACAUUUAGCAUUCACUUACUUAAAGCAAACCACUCGUCAUUCCUGUUCGCUUUCUUAGCCACAUCAAAGUGGCCUGAAUAACGAUAGUAUACCAUUGAUAUCUUUGAACUUGUUGAUCGUAAGAAGUGAAACUGAUAAUUUCCUUUUCUCAGCGAAAGUUCAUUAACAAAACGAUUAUCUCUCUGACAAUUAAACUACUUCCUUCAAUUGUUUCCUCAUUAUUAUUUGUUUUUUUUAAUUGAAAGCAUCAUUUUAUGCAAAAGUACAUAUAUAUGUAUAUACUUUUACUUAUUGUUUGUAUUUCUAUUUCAGUUCCUGUUGUGUAUAGAGAUUGUCUUGAAGAUAAAAAUAUGUGUGUACUAUUGCAUAUAUAAAAUCGGUUAAAUUUCAAGUGGUUUCGAGGGGACAUUUCGAUAGACGUCGUACGUACGACGAAAGAGUAAUUUGUUCCGAUCGCUUUGAUAGGAAAAGAGUAGUGAAAAAACGGGGAUACUAUGUAGGAACUUUCGUGGCAAGAACGAUAUUCAUUCCUUGCAAUCUCGCAGUCUGCAUCCGUUCGGCACGAUCGCGGUGCUCCUUUGGACGCGCUCACUUUCUUCAAGUUCUUCCCGCGGAGAUAUCUCUCCUCGAAACGAAUGCGAAUAAGACAGUUGCAAGGAUUAUAUUAUCACUGUCUCUUUUCGAUCAUAAAAUUCUUAUCGUUUCUUCGAUGCGUCAAACAUCAAAUCGCGAAGGUUUAAUUUAAUUGUCAAGGAUGUAUUUCGUGUGCGAAUUACAAUGAAAUUCAAACUAACGAUAUUAACUAUCAAACUAACGUAAUAACAACGAUAUGUAACGACACAUUUGUAUAUAUUUUCAAAUCGAUUUGUAAGAAUCGUCGAACAAUUUUACGUGCAACGGACAUGUAUUAUUUGCGCGUUGAAUUCGUAGCGAUUAUUCUCUUCCUCUUCGCGGUGGUCGAUUGCGCCAUGGUGAAAAUCAUUCGAGACGAUCAUUUAAAGUGCGGAUGUCCAGCAGCGUCUCACAGGCAACCACGAUCAACAACUUCUGGGAGGAACAAAGUUACAUCCACGACUUCCAAUCGGGAAACGGCUGUUUCUACGACGGGACGAAUUUUCAAUGGAAAACCCAGCAGAAGAGGAUCUUGGCCGUGGCAAGUCUCUCUUCAGCUGCUACACCCAAAAUUAGGUUUUAUCGGUCAUUGGUGCGGUGGAGUUCUCAUCGAUCCUAAAUGGGUCAUUACAGCGGCACAUUGUAUUCACAACGAUCUCUUUAAUCUUCCAAUUGGUGCCUUAUGGACUGUUGUGGUAGGAGAAUGGGAAUUGGAUUCCGGUGGUCGUGGAUCAGCCAGAUUACCUGUCGAACGAGUGAUACUUCAUGAAAGAUUUAAUAAUUAUGUUCACGAUAUCGCUCUGAUGAAACUUGCUAGACCAGCACCUCUUUCCAAGGUAGUGAAGACGAUAUGUCUUCCGGAGGCGGAGGAAGAACUCACCGAUACCAAUUGCGUAGCAUCUGGUUGGGGUCGUUAUGGACCUUCGCCAUCUCUUUCAACUGCACUCCUUGAGGCUUCGGUGCCAUUGUUAAAUCUUGAGGAAUGCUUACACGCUUAUGGAAAAUCUGUUCCUAUUCUUAAUGGUCAUUUGUGUGCUGGUCACGUUGAUGGCUCUUCUGGAAGCUGUGUUGGAGAUUCUGGAGGACCCCUACAAUGCCGUCGUUCGGAUGGCGUCUGGCAAUUAGUCGGUGUUACUUCGUUUGGUUCUGGUUGUGCUCGUCCAGGAUAUCCUGACGUCUACACUAGGAUACAACACUAUUUGAAUUGGAUAAGAAAUAUUAUCGACAAUGAUAAUAACGUUACUAGUAACGUUGAUAGUAACGUUAAUAAAUUAUAAUUCAUUGUGAAUGAAUCAUACACAAAGCAAACUCUCUAUUUACAAUUCAUAAAUAAUAUUUAAUUUUAGCGUAUAUGUAUGUAUAUAUGUAUUUAUGUUUGUGUGAAUAUAUUGUACGUAUGCAUGCGUCAUCUCGUAAUUUAAAAAUGAUAUUACAAAUUUUUGUAGAGAAUCUUUUCAAUCUCUUCAUUACUAUUAUUUAAUAAGAUAAUAAUUUGUUUUAUUUUUAACUUUCACGAUGUAUGAUAAAAGAGAUGUUUGUUGACUAAUUUAAAGAAGGAUCAAAUUCAAUGGAAAAUUGAAAAAACAGCAAGGAUAAAAUUUCUUUUUUAACUUUCGAAGAAAAGCUAUUUGCCGACAAAUGGAAAAAUUCGUCUCUCUAUACUAUUGUGAUUGAUAUUCAUUUUCAUACUCGAUACAAGAAGAUCUGCAUUUAUAUAGGAAGUAUUACGAACUCAAAGAACCGUUUUCAUAGAAAUGUUGCGUAACAUCAAUAUUAUGUAUGCAACAACCAAAGUGAUUGUGCUUCUUCGAUGAAAUUAGAAAUAUCGAUUUAUAGAUAGCGUAGGUAGUACAGCCUAAGUAUCCACGUAGAUACAUAUUAUUACAUCGAAGUGAAUACAUUAAUUAACCUAAUACGAAACACUCUACCCAGGAAAGCCUAUGAGCUUCUAUCAAUUAAGCUUACUCGAUGCAUUGGCUGAAACAAAAAAUCGUAUUCAGUAUUAUUGUUUCAACUAGACAAUAAGUAUAGUUCAAGUAACUCUAUUACCUUCUGUAUAUUCAUUUUUAUUACUGCUGUAAUGUAUGUAAGAAAACUAUAAAAAUUUAUAACUGAAGGGUCAAGUUUGAACCCUUUGAUACUAAGUUUAUGGGUUUAAUAACGUAAUUAAAUUCUAAGAGUUAUAGAACAGUAAGUGCAUCAGGUCCAUGUCAUCCAGAUAUCCAAUUAUUUAAUAUUAUACAAUAU